AUGGACAACAAGCAAAUCCGCACGAUCUUCUUGUUUCAGUUCAAAUUGCACCCAAAAGCUGCCAAGACAACUCCCGAUAUCAACGAUGCGUUUGGCCCAGGAACCACUAACGAACGGACAGUGCAACGAUGGUCCAAGAAAUUCCGCAGUGGUGAGGAGAGUCUUGAAGAUGAGGGUCGCGGCCGCCCGUCUGGGAUUAACAUUGAUCAAUUGAGAAGCCUAAUCGAAGCUGAUCCUCACAAAACCACUAGAGACGUAGCUGAAGAACUCAGUGUUGACCAAUCAACAGUCGGUCGCCAUUUAAAGCAAAUAGGAAAGUUAAAAAGGCUUGAUAAAUGGGUGCUACAUGAAUUGAACGAGAGAGAGAGAGAUUUUGAGACUUCAUCUGCUCUUCUUUUGCGCAACAAAAACGACCCGUUCCUCAACCGGAUCGAAACGUGUGAUGAGAAGUGGAUCAUCUACGACAACCGACGACGUACCGCGCAGUGGUUAGACCGUGAUGAGGCUCUUCAACACUUUGCAAAGCCGAAACUCCACCAAAAGAAGGUAAUGGUGACUGUUUGGUGGUCUGCAGCCGGUCUCAUCCACCGCAGCUUCCUGAAUCCGGGCGAAACGAUUACGGCCGAUAAGUACUAUCAGCAAAUCGACGAAAUGCACCAGAAGCUGCAGCGUAUGUGUCCCGCAUUGGUCAACAGAAAGGGACCAAUUAUUCUCCACGACAACGCUCGCCCACACGUUGCACGAUUAACAUUGCAGAAGCUAAACGAAUUGGGCUACGAAACUUUACCUCAUCCUCCAUACUCGCCGGACCUCUCGCCCACCGACUACCGCUUUUUCAAGCAUCUCGACAACUUCCCGCGCGAGAAAUGCUUUAAAAACCAAGACGAUGCCAAAAACGCCUUUGCUGACGUCGCCUCCAGACGCUCUGACUUUUAUGCUCCAGGCAUAAAUAAACUUGUUUCUUGUUGGCAAAACUGUGUUGAUGCUAAUGGUUUUGAUUUCGAUUAAUAAAUUCUAUUCUAAGCUGU